AAAAACACUCCUCUGCUUUGGAUAUAAACGGUCGCCAUCGUAGCUAUUUUGCGUAAUUUUGUCUAUCCUUUGUUGUAGUUUUAAUAUCGUUAACUUUAUUUUUUUGCUAUUUUCAAAUUACUGAUUAAUUUGCUUCACUAUCCUGUUGAAAUCAGUUGAACAACUGUUUCUGGUGGACUAUUCUUCACAGGAACCGUUGAAAGUAGAAACACGAUGGAUUCCAAAACAUCAGAUGUUCUGAAGAAACAACGAUACCUGGCUACACAGGCAAUACAGCGAGCGGAUGAAAUGCGCGAGCGCAGUCCUCUGAACAAAAAAUCUCCCAGAAGUGGUCGCUAUUUACAAUCGCCAUCCGUACAGACUCGGUCCGACUCCAGCUAUGAACUACAAAGCGAUGGUGAAUCAAUGCUGCAACCCCGUCGAUACAAGUCAAUUAACAUUACUGAGCUGGAAGAGGAGAAUACAAUUCACGUGCAAGCUACUCCACACAAGGAACCGUCAGAUCCGCCAAAGUUGUCCUUCGAACCGAAAGAGAUGAACGCUCGGUCUACUCUGGCCCAAGGUCCAUCGGAUCCGGCUCGUCGUAAGCUUGGGGUAGAACAAAUCGCGCAUGAUAUCCAGGAGAUUCUUCAUAAGAGUUUCGCGAACGAAAUCCGAGAGCUUAGCCAGCGAAUUCAAGGUGAUGUGCAUAACGAUUCGGCGCUGCAUUUGCUCCAAAGCGAUGACCGUCCGGAUGUGAGCUUACCUAAAACGGCCGAUAUGAGCAGGUUGUCAUCGAUUCGUGAGUCGCUCGCCUCCGGCCCACAGAAGGGGUCUGCCCAGACGCAGGAUUUCUGGGACAUUGGCGGGCCACAGGUUGACCACAGCUGGAUGCAGAAAGAAAUGUCCCAGCUGGAAGGGAUCAGUUUUCAUGCAGCAGAAGAGCAGAAAACGCGUUUGUUGGAAGAUGAGAUGGCAUGGGAGCAGGAGAACGCAAUCAUCCCGGAGAUGAAUGCCAAAAAGCUACCGACUAAUUCGUUCAUGAAAGGCGUUAAGAUGCCAAAAAACUUAAAGAAUCAUGUUGAUUUCUCCUGUUUUUCCGGGUACCUCGGUCAAGACGAUGUGGAACAGAUGCAUGCUACUCGGCUGGAGAAUAGCAGCUUCUGUUCGGUGGGGGAGUAUUUCAACAAAAUGUCCGACAAUGUCAGUGUUAUGAUGUCAAAUGAUGAAAGUCCCCCGAGGAGAACCCCUCUGCCGCUAGUAGAUUUGAGCAACGUUGGUUCCAUGGACGAAGUCGCUGAGAAAGGUCCUGUUAAGGAUCAGAAAGGUCAACUAAGGAAGUCGACUGGAACCGAUAAAGAAAAUUCCUUCAGUGUAUCCAGCUUGAUGAGAGCGAUUAAUUCUGUCCAACUGGAGGAUUCUCCAACCGGCUUCAUCAACAAACUCACACAAGUUCGAAGAGCAAAAUCCAGCAUCCCCCCACCAAACAACACAGCCGCUACGUCACAAGCGCUCUAUAAAACAAAUUCCCUCAAAGCGGAUCUCAGUCCGGUAGUGCAGAGCAAAUCAUUCAUUCGUGAAUUGGAUGAAGCAAAAUCGCGUGCACCCAAAGCCAGCACUCUAUCGGACACUGCCAGCUUCACGGAAUCACUACUAGAGUCGUCUGCUUUCGUUCCGAUAAAAGCUAGCAGUAAGCCAGCGGAUUUGUCAGUUCCGGCUUCUGUAGUUUCCUCCAGCGUAUGCAGUGCCAAAAAACCACUUUUGAAUACAUAUCGUGUUUCAACAGCCACAAAAUUAUCCGAACCACAGUUGGAUUUACCACCGAUACCCGUAGUUCGGGAGCCUCCCAAGUGUCAGAAGCAGAUCCAGCUGAGCGCAACACCAGCCAAGCCCAAUCGAAAGAGGAGAUCUAGUUCCGCAACUCGACAAGAGCUGCAACAUGCCGAAGAAUCCCGCGAGGAAGCUCUUACAGAGGCCUACAUGAAACGUUCGCGUUCACCGAGCAAUGAAGCGGAACUGAAAGCGGUUUCAAAUCAUUUGGUACCAUACCACGAAACACCGAAGGGAACUAUCCCUCCACAGCGUGGUUUCGGCCAAGGGCAAAAAUCUUUCCUCUCGCCAGAGCCACGCUCACGGGAAACGCAAAUGUUUGGCAGCCGGUCGCCAUUCAAUUCGCCCAAAUCAAUCGCUUCCAGCUUCGAGUCGGAGACGACUGCGAAUGCCAAAUCGCCAAGCUCUGCAAGAUUGAACCUGAUGAACUCACAUCAUCGAUCGGCUUCGCAGUGGUCUGUAACGAACAGUGAAUUUAGUCACAAAGAUGGAGUCCUACCGCUGAAAGCGACCCACAACGAAAUUUCGUGGGGAAGCACAAGACUUCGGCGGAACGAGAAGAAAACGAUGCAGAUCAAGAAUACUUCUCAUAAAAAGUUAGUUAUCAAGGCCACCAUUACCGGACCCGGCUUCCAGUUGUGCGGAACGGAGCAUAGCGGAAUGUUGGUAUUGCACGGUCAAGAAUGUCGUACCAUAAGGGUCGAUUUUUGUCCAACCAUGAUCGGACCGGCGGUCGGAUUGUUAAGCUUUCAACCACCCAAUGAUUGCUAUGCUCAGCGGGUGGUUUCACUGUACGGUUACGGCGGAGAAGCUUCCAUUCGGGUUGAAGGGAUCCAGAAGGGACCGAGCGGACCGUACUUGGAACUUGGGAAAGCCCGAAACAUGGGACGGCCUUUGGAGAGAUCGUUCUCGCUGUUCAAUAAAGGUAGUCUGCCAGCAUUUGCCCGUAUUGGAAUCGACAAAAAGGGUAUCGACAAAACAUUCCUCGCCUCCGCUAUUUACGUUCAACCGCAGAAGGUUAUCAUCCCUCCGAACAGUUAUGCCCAUAUCAAAGUUAUGUUCAGACCGCGCAGACAGGAAGUCGAAAGUAUCCUCCAGAAACAGGUCGAUGUUCUGUCUCUGACCAACCUGCACGUACUCUGGGGUGAUGAACCUACUCGGCACCGAAUUCGAAAGGCGAUAGCCCUCGUCAAACGUAACGAUCUACAGGAAAACAAACUUGAUCCGUUGAAAUCUGUUUGUGAGGAGUUUCCAAAUGAGCACACUUUCGCCGAGUUGGAAUCAUUCACGGAAAACAUCUAUGCAGCCAUUCACGAAUUGUUUCUCACCUUCCGAGAGUACGAGCUGGUUCUCACCGUGGAUAGGGCGCUGGAUGAGACGAUGAUCGAUCUGACACUGUGCGAGGACAGUGGCGCACUGUUCAAAACUAUGUGUGCCUCUUCCGAAGCCGGAUCUCCCCGUUUCCCGGAUGAAAUUUCACCCGGUGUUGCGGCCAUCCAAUCGACGACGAAACGGGAAAGUGGUGAAUCUUGGAGUGUUCGUCCAACUUUUCUCGAAUUUCGACCCGACGAAAGGACCAAACAAUUCGUCAUCAAAAGCAACCUGUACUCGACUCAAAGCUUCAACAUCAAUUCCAACUUCAGACCGUUGUUUGAGAUCACUCCAACCGAGGGACCACUUCGUCCGGGUCAGGAAGUGAUGGUGAACGUGAACUUCUUGAUGGGUCCUCCGACGCAGCAGCAAAUUAUUCUAGUGGUUUACAUCAAAGACGAGAAAAUCACAAUUCCUGUCUAUGUUCGCAAUCGGAGUCGUGCUGAUGUAGGAAUGUACUGAAAAAGAAGAGACUGCUCAUACUCGCCUAAUUCAUUAUGAUAAUGGAAUGAUAACUGUUAUAGUGAUCGAAAACAGUUUUCUAUUUAAGCUUAUUAAUGCACUUUUAUAAGUUCUUUUAAUUCCGUGUGGAAAAUCGUUCAAUUUUAUUUAUGUUAAUAAACUUCUAAGGAUAUUGGAGAAUUGCA